AUAUUUGUUUUAGCAUUCACAAACAACGAGAAACAUCUAAAAGCUUUCCAAAAAUAAUAUGAAACCAUAACUGCACACAUUCCAAUAUUUUCUCCUAUCCUUAUUUACUUACCCUCGUCCCUCUUUCGUUUCUAAUCAUCAUCACCAUUGUCCUCCACUACGUUCAUGUUCAUUUUACUUUUUUCUCUUGUUCCUACUAUUUCCACUGACUACAAGAGAACCUACAGAAACCCCCCUAAAAUAACACGACCCUGCUCUCGUAUGUUCUUUUCAGACUCUACCAACGCCAACGGUGAGAUAGACCUAUUCAACAAUAACCUCACACUUCCUGAUGGAUCCUUGCAAGUGAUCAACUAUUCGCUCACGCUCCUGGCUAUCGGUGUCCUUAUCGGGGCCCUAAUCUCCUUGUUGCUGGAAAUGGCCCGAAAUGGCCCGACAUCCAUCGCCGACGCUAUUGUCAGAGGCGUGGAUGCUGUGAGACUCGACGGCAUGUUUAACAGCAUCGGCUCCGCUGUUGAGAAUGGAGUGAACAGCAUCCCGAUCAAAAGGACUGGACCUGCUCACUCAGUUCCAGCUGGCGCCAGACGCCGCCGCCGCUGAGCAGAAUUCUUGACGCAUUUUCCUUGAAGACGUGACGUAGAACUCUCUGACCUGGCAAGACCUAUGACGACACAACGACGGCGAACUUGCCGACAACAUCUCUCCUACAUAAGACGAAGAAUCCGACGAUGACCUUCAGGACAAGAAGUGUGGAAAAAACGACCUUUCAGACGACAGACGGAAACAGCAGUAUUUUUAGUGGAAAUGUUUAUACCUUCACGGAAACGUUUGUCUUAAUAUUGCUGACGUAACGCAUGACUCUUAGACAAUGAUGCACUGAUGACUUUAGGAGACGGAAACUAUUGGGAGACUGACUAUGAAUGAACGACUUGACGAAUUAAUGACGAUGGCUUAUGACUAUCACGACCGUAAAAGACAAUAAUGACAUUUUUAAAAUAACGAAAUACGACAAAAAAUAUAGCAAUUACACCAGUUUACCUGCUGACUUUGAGACUUUAAUAAAUAAUUUUAGACGACAUAUUACUGCGUGAUUACUAGUGACUUCUGUUGCAAUCAGUAUACGACAUACUGAAGGCCCUUUUUACAGUAACGAUGGUAGAUAGGAAAAACUUUAAAGCAAUAAGCGAAUGAGCAAAAAAAAAAAAAAAAAAAAAAAAAAAUAUCUUACUAUAAAUUAUUCAUGAAAAUCAUGCGAGUUUGGAUUACAAAACGAUUUUUUUUUAUCGUAAGUCUACGGAGAAUGAAUCACUAUACUAAAAUGACCUACCUUCUUUUACUAAAAUUCUAUCCACCAAAAGUUUCCAAUGCUUUUAAAUUCUCAAUAUGUUUCUAAACGACUUAUGGAUUUGCGAUUUAUAUGUUGUUAAUAAACCAAUAAAGACGUGGAUAACGGAAGUCCAUACGCUUUUACAAACAAGUUUACAACUACCGAAUUGUAAAGUUUUUUUUUUUUUUUUUUUUUUUUAGUUUAACUGAGUGUUCGGCAAAGUGAACUUACUUCCCUUGAACUUUUUCUCACUUUUUUUUUUUUUUUAAUGAUCAGUGACGGGUCUUCAGUAUAACUCAAUAUAAGUCCUCAAGUUCAAUAGUAAAUUAAAUCAAUCUUAUUUAUCUUUCCUUUGAAUUGAAUUAAACUUAUUCAUUUCAAACUCUAUGCAUACCAUCCAACCACUCCAGUUUUCCAUUUUUUGUCCACUGAAGAAUAAACUGAACAUAAAUAGAUCCAAAGGCGCCCUCACGGAUAUUACUUUAUUGUGAAAGUGCUGCUCGAUUCAUGACUGUGUAUGACUUUCCUUGCAUUAAUAGUAAAAGAGGACGCACAAAAAAAUGCUUUAAUGGACAGAAAAACUUAUUUCCAAUUUACUUCAGCUUUCAAAAACAAUGAUAAUUACACCAGACUAAGUGACCCUAAACAGAAUGACGGUAACUCAUCGUAUCUUGCUAAUGAUAUAUAUAUAUAUAUAUAUAUAUAUAUAUAUAUAGGUUAACUUUGACGUCCACUUGAAAGCAAAUAAUCAAGAACAAAGACUUAAAGAAAUAUACCCAUGACUCAAUAUACGACUUCGACGAUCAACUCUUAAACGACCGACUUUGUACAAUAAAACGACUGACUUUUGUUUUACACCUUUGGGCGACCUGACGCUGUUUACGCAUGGUCGACUUGUAACUGAAUCAACUGACCUUAUUACCGUCUACAAGCCUAAUGACGACUUUUACGUAGACUAACUCACUCGCGGACCAAAAGGACUGACUCACAACUCAGAGGAACGAUUUGCAACGCCUCUUAUCAUUAAAAUUUGAACUGGAACUCAGAAAAACGACUUGACGACUCCAACGAUUUAAAUCUGACUCAGAGGAACAACUCUUAAAGACUCCUAAGACUUAACUUUGACUUAACGAUUUAAACUACACGCGACUUAAACAACCACACUUUAGACCAUUCAAAUUAUCUUUAACAAGACGACAGGUAAACCAAACGAUGGAAUGAACGACUCACGACUUACACGACUGACUCAUACAGCAGUUGACUCAUUAACCGACGACAUUAAACUACUGGUUUGCCGACUCACUUCCUUGACUCACACAAAAAAGAAAGGAAAGGAAAAGAAAAAAAAAAAAGAAGAAGAAAAAAAAGGUAUUGGAUAAAGAUUUCAAAUGACAAUUUUAACCACAACUUGUGUGUGUGUGCGUGUGUGUUUAUGUGUGUGUCUGUGACGUAUUUUGAGUUCAGGGAUUAUUUCCAUAUUUGUUUUAUCUUUGUACAUUCCGUCCGUUUGUUAUCGCCCUUAUCUACCCUGUUGUUGUUGUACUUGUGAAGUUUAUUUAAUUACUUGUUCUACUGUUUACGUCUCUGUGCCAUUUCGUUGUUAUUUGUUGUUUGUUAAUGUAUUUAUGAACUUUAUUUAUGAAAAUAUUUAUGAUUUGCACUCGGAA